CUCUGGAUUAGUUAUCUGAGCUCUCGCUGAGUGGAAAGUCUAAGACUCUGGGAAGGAAAUCAUUCUUCUGGUGAAUGUGACACACACUGUCUCCAGUUUCCAUAUGCUGAGAUUAUCCUUCUUCAUCAGUUUGAUGUGCUUGGUGAGAUCAGAGGGAAGGCAGUGAAUGAUAAUCAGGCCUGCUCUAUGUAGGAGUCUGAAUUCCUCACUGGAUAGGAGACAUCAUCCAUCCAAUUGUAAUUUUCCAAUUGUAAACAGACACAGAUGAAGAAUGUCCUUCAUUCACCAAACUGAGCUUUCACAGUGCAGUGGUUGGCACAGGACUAAAUGUGAAGUUGAUGCUCUACACAAGGAGAAACCCGACCUGUGCACAAGCCAUCAACUCCACAGCUUUGGGGAACUUGAACGUGACCAAGAAAACGACCUUCAUUGUCCAUGGAUUCAGGCCAACAGGUUCCCCUCCAGUUUGGAUAGGGGACUUAGUAGAGGGUUUGCUCUCUGUAGAAGACAUGAACGUGGUUGUCGUUGAUUGGAAUCGAGGAGCAACGACUGUAAUAUACAACCAUGCCUCUAAUAAGACCAGAAAAGUAGCAAUAGUCUUGAAGGAAUUUAUCGACCAAAUGCUGGCAGGAGAAGCUUCUCUUGAUGACAUUUACAUGAUUGGAGUAAGUCUAGGUGCCCACAUAGCUGGGUUUGUUGGAAAGAUGUACGAUGGCCAGCUGGGGAGAAUUACAGGUCUGGACCCUGCAGGCCCUUUAUUCAACGGGAAACCUCCAGAGGACAGAUUAGAUCCCGGUGACGCACAGUUCAUUGAUGUCAUCCAUUCCGACAUUGAUGCACUGGGCUACAAGGAACCAUUAGGGAACAUAGAUUUCUACCCAAAUGGAGGAUUGGAUCAACCUGGCUGUCCCCAAACAAUACUUGGAGGAAUGCAGUAUUUUAAGUGUGACCACCAGAGGUCCGUGUAUCUGUACCUUUCUUCCCUGAGAGAGAACUGCACCAUCACUGCGUAUCCCUGUGACUCCUACCGCGAUUACAGGAAUGGCAAGUGUGUCAGCUGUGGCACACCACAGACGCAGUCCUGUCCCAUUCUGGGUUAUUAUGCUGAUAAUUGGAAAGACUAUUUAAGGGAGAAGGAUCCUCCUAUGACUAAAGCAUUCUUUGACACAGCUGAGGAGAAACCGUUCUGCAUAUAUCAUUACUUUGUGGAUAUUAUAACUUGGAACAAGAACAUAAGAAGAGGAUCCAUAACAAUCAAAUUGAGAGACAAAGCUGGAAGUACCACAGAAUCUAAAAUCAAUCAUGAGCCCGCAACAUUUCAGAAAUACCAUCAAGUGAGUCUGCUGGCAAGAUUCAAUCAAGAUCUGGACAAAGUGGCAGCCAUUUCCUUGGAGUUCUCUACAGGGUCUGUAAUAGGCCCCAAGUACAAGCUCAGGAUUCUCCGAAUGAAGUUAAGGUCACUUGCCCAUCCGGAGAGGCCCCAAUUGUGUCGAUAUGACCUUGUACUGAUGGAAAACGUCGAAACAGUCUUCCAACCUAUUCUUUGCUCAAAGUUGCAAAUGUAACUGCUGACAGGACACCUGGGUACCAGUAACAUUAAGAAAGCUACAACUACAGGCUUUUUAAAGCUUCACCUCACCUUUUCCUCAAGGCACAAAAAGUAUAGAAUAACCAGGGUUUUUUUGCAGUAAUGUCACACUGCAAAACAUCAAAUGACCUUGGAUUAUGAAACAGUCCUGGGAAGGGAGCCCCUAAGUAGGGCGAGUCAGAAAUAGCCAGGCUCCCAACCGCCCAGCGCCUUGUCUGGCUGUGUCCUGGGGCCUCAUUUGUUCCGACCUGUCGAUUCUGCUGCCUGUCACCCGGGCAGUUCUGCCCAUCACAGCGGCCAGCCAAGCAUCUCAAAGGGAAAGACUGGCUGGAGACCUCCCUCUGGACUCGACCCCACAUUCCCUGUGCCAGAUCCCUCCAGGCCGCGCAUGCAGAAGGGAAUGAAACUGACCUCCCUCACAGGGCUCGUGUGUGGAUUUAGGAGGCAAGUCUGUGAAGGAUUCUUUGAAAUCCUUUGGGUGCCACAUCUGUGAGUGGCUGAUAUGUGUGAAUAUGCUUGUAUUUAUUUUGCUAUGGCUUAUCUAAUAAGCACUAAGAGAGCUUCUCCCUGUCAACACCACCUUCUCUCUUGGGCUCUUUGCUCUGGGAAGGCAGGGAAGCCACACCCCUGGCUUCCCGUCUUGUUGAAAGUGGGGUUGGUGCAGGAGGCAGUGAGGACAGGCCAGUAGCCAAGGGGGCAGCCCCUGGGACCAGACAGUAUGUGGAUGAGGGAAGAAGGACAGAUGAAGCCGUGGGACUACCUCGCUCAUGGGGACCAGGGAUGGAGCAAGAGGCAAGACAGAAAAAGCAGGGCUUGUUUUUCACUUAAGGUGAAGAAGAAUCGCUUUAUAGGCAACCCUCAUUUUAAGCAAUUCUUAAGAAAUAUUUUGUUUUUCUUUAUUACUAAUGUAACUUGUGAUUAUUGAAGGAAAUUCAGAAAAUGCACAGAUGCAAAAUAAAAAUCCGCUACUCAUAA